UUUCAGGUUUGGUUAAAAACUUAUGGCUAUUUACUUCCAUCUGACAGCCAAAUGUCUGCCUUGCAGUCAGGAAAAGCUGUGCAGUCCGCAGUUGCCACUAUGCAGCAGUUUUAUGGGAUCCCAGUAACAGGAGUUUUGGACCAGACAACUCUUGAGUGGAUGAAGAAACCUCGAUGUGGAGUUCCAGACCAUCCCCACCUACGCCACAGCCGGAGGAAAAAGCGGUAUGCACUAACUGGACAGAAGUGGAGACAGAAGCACAUAACCUACAGCGUACACAACUACACCCCCAAGGUUGGAGAGAUCGACACGAGGAGAGCCAUUCGUCAGGCGUUUGACGUCUGGCAGAGAGUGACACCACUUACCUUUGAAGAGGUCCCUUACCAUGAAAUUAAAAAUGACAGAAAGGAGGCAGAUAUUAUGAUAUUUUUUGCUUCUGGUUUCCAUGGAGACAGUUCUCCGUUUGAUGGAGAAGGUGGAUUCCUAGCUCACGCUUACUUUCCUGGACCGGGCAUAGGAGGAGACACUCACUUUGAUUCAGAUGAGCCGUGGACCCUGGGAAAUUCCAAUCAUGAUGGGAACGAUCUCUUCCUGGUGGCAGUGCAUGAGCUGGGGCAUGCGCUGGGACUGGAGCACUCCAACGACCCCAGUGCUAUCAUGGCGCCUUUCUACCAGUACAUGGAAACGCACAACUUCAAACUGCCUCAGGACGACCUCCAGGGGAUUCAGAAAAUCUAUGGUCCUCCCAUUGAGCCCCUGGAGCCAACCAGGCCUUUACCGACUCUUCCUGUUCGCAGAAUUCACUCCACUUCGGAAAGAAAACACGAGAGACAGCCGAGACCUCCCAGUCCUCCUCUGGGCGACAGGCCCUCUCCUCCCGGCACCAAACCGAACAUCUGCGAUGGCAACUUCAACACCGUGGCUCUCUUUAGAGGAGAAAUGUUUGUUUUCAAGGAUCGCUGGUUCUGGCGUCUGCGCAACAACCGAGUGCAGGAAGGGUACCCCAUGCAGAUCGAGCAGUUCUGGAAAGGCCUCCCCGCAAAGAUUGAUGCGGCCUAUGAGCGCUCUGAUGGAAAAUUCGUUUUCUUCAAAGGAGAUAAAUACUGGGUUUUUAAAGAGGUGACAGCAGAGCCGGGCUACCCACACAGCCUGGUGGAGCUGGGGAGCUGCCUGCCCCGGGAAGGCAUCGACACGGCUCUGCGCUGGGAGCCCGUGGGCAAAACCUACUUCUUCAAGGGCGACAGGUACUGGAGGUACAACGAGGACAAGAGGGCCACGGACCCGGGGUACCCAAAGCCCAUCACCGUCUGGAGAGGAAUCCCUCAGGCUCCGCAGGGAGCUUUUAUCAGCAAAGAAGGCUUUUAUACCUACUUUUACAAAGGGAAGGAGUACUGGAAGUUCGAUAACCAGAGGCUGAGCGUGGAGCCGGGCUACCCCAGGUCAAUCCUCAAGGACUGGAUGGGCUGUAACCAGAAGGACGUUGAACGGAGCAAAGACAGGCGCCUCCCCCACGACGACGUGGAUAUUAUGGUGACAAUAAACGAUGUGCCUAGCACUGUAAAUGCAAUCGCAGUUGUGAUCCCUUGCAUUUUGUCUCUGUGUAUCCUUGUCUUGGUAUACACAAUCUUCCAGUUUAAAAACAAAGAGGUGCAGCAAAACGUUGUGUAUUACAAAAGACCUGUCCAGGAGUGGGUAUGACACAGCCCGCUGCACGUUGCAACUCAUUGAUCCGAUGAGGACUAUGGACAAAGAAAAAAA